UCCACUGAGGCUUCCAAACAUAUCUCAAUCAUUUUGUUCCUUUGCACAGUUGAUUCCCUGCGCAGUCAAUAAAUACACUUCUCUGGGAAAAGAGCUUAAAAGUGUCUCAGGAGUGCAAGAUCCCAAAACCGAACAUGAGUGCAGCACUAAUCCAUGACAAAUUAUUUAUCAAAGCAUAUUGGGAGAAAAAAAUUUCAAAUCAUGUCCAGAUCACAGAGAAUGAAGAAUCUAGGAUGAAGAGUAGUGCUCUGUCAAAGCUUCGUGACGAAUGGCUAAUGAGACUUGAGAACCAAACAAAACAUAUCAAGAACAUCAAUGACACGCAGGCCAUGUCACCAAAGGUCAAGCAGCAUGAUCAGGAAUGAUUUAAGAUGAGCUUCCCUUUACACAUUACUCUGGAUUACUGGCUAUGGAGCAGAUAACAAUAUAAAAUAAAAGUUAAUUUAUUCAUACAUAACAUGUUGUUUAUAUUAUUUAUUGAAUACGUAAAUGUUAGACAUUUAUGUUUGUUAGUAAAUGUCUGGUGUUCUAGCUGGUUGGG